UUUUGUUGCAUUUUGUGCCCGGUCACCACAGAAAAACAGUUGGAUCUUUUUUUUCCAGCAAGUAAUGACCCGCUCACUUGAUGGAGAAUCGUUAACAUUAGUGGAUUGCACAAGACCACGUCACGACAAAAUGCGUGCCUACGUGUCAAGGUGUCUAUCGCCUAUCUCUGUGCGAAAGAGGAAACGGCAGGCGCUGUCUUGAUCUCCAGGCUCACCAUUCCCGCCAAGUCUUGAACUGAGACACCUCCUCAACACAUCAAGAUCCAAGCUCUCUCUUCAUUCCCCAACAACAAGGGCUUCUUCUUCUUCUUCUGAAGAUUCUGAAUCAAUGCCUGAAGCAGCAAGACUUUUCCACGUACCUGCACUGAAUGCCGACAAAAUAGAGCAGAUUGCAGACAAGACCAUGGACAGAUACUACCGUAAUAACGAUGCGAAGAGGAAGGGCCAGGGGACGGUGAUUCUGUGGUUCAGGAACUAUCCGAGGGUGUUGGACAACGAGGUUUUGUUCCAGACCUGGUCUUCCUCUGAGCCUGUCUUGCCCGUUUAUUGCCUCAAUCCCCACCACUUUGCCACCACCCAUUACUUUGGCUUCCCCAAAACUGGAGCUUUGAGAGAACAGCUGCUCAUUGAGUGUUUGGACGGCCUGAAAAGGAGUUUGGUGAUGCGGGGUCUUGAUUUGCUUAUUCGAUGAGGGAAGCCUGGAGAGAUUCUUCCUACCAUUGCCAAAACAUUCGGAGCACCUAUGGCGUAGUCCUUGCGCACCCUCUUUUGUAUUUAUACAGCUACCCAGAUAAGUUCCAAUCGGCUGAAACAACAAUGAAAUCAUGUUUGUUGUUUUUUCCAGGUGUAUGCCCUGAAAGAAACUUGCAUUAAGGAGCUCGGUGUUGAAAGAUGGGUCCGCAAAAGUCUGCAGCUAGUGAUGCCAAGCCACAGCACGCCUCUGGCAUCAGCUCCAAGAAGAGCUCGGCUAUAUCUUAUAUGGGGUAGUCUAUGUACCACACUGAUGACCUUCCAUUUAGUACCGAUCAUUUACGUGAUGUGUAUUCCCAAUUUCGUAUGGCCUGUAUUCUCUUUUCAAUUGCUACACUGGAGACU